ACCAAAUGUACUAGAUUUAGUGGAGCUGGCACCCAACCAGAAACAUGUUGAUCAGAAUUUCUUCUCUGCUUGUUAGUGUUUUAUGUAUUCCUGUGCUCUGUGCUCCACAAGAAGACGAGUCUGGACCACUGAGUUAUGAGAUACUUUCAUCUUCUCACAGCAAUGUUGUGACCCCUCUCUCUCCAGAUGGCUUGCAAACACUUACUGUCCAUACGGAGGUUCAUGGAAGUGAGAUGGACGGCCAGGCAACAUCCAACAAAAACACCACCUAUCUAGUGAACAACAACGGUAACAUAACCGCAACAACCCUCAUCACCAACAACAUGGGCAACAACACUAUGACUUACGUUGUAAACUCAACAACCCCUUCUCAAACUGAGAGACCGCAGUAUUACGGUUAGUUCUAAAUAU